UAUCUUCCUUCUUCACUUCCCUUAAGUAGGGUUUUGAUCUCUCUAUAACCCUCGAAUCUAUACGUAUGUAGAGAUAUAUAGAGAGAAAUUGAAAAGUUUAUCUAGAGAUUAUUACAUAUAAAGGUAGAAUAUGGAUGCAUAUUCGUUGCAUCUAGCUAUGGCGGCACUAGUCGGAGCUUCAUUUGUUGCUGUUUCGGCUUAUUAUAUGCACCGCAAAACCCUAAAUCAAUUGCUGGAGUUCGCCAAAACUGUUGAGAAGGAGAGAAACGAUGGCGAAGAUGAAUUGCUGCAGCAUUACAGGAAGCAAAAUAGUACUGAGAAGCCGUUGCAGAGGCGGAACCAGGGAGGUCGGAUAAAUGGAUUUUAUCGUCGGGGUUCUGCUUCCUUGCCGGAAAUCACAUCGAUUUCUGGUGGUAGUGGUGGUCAUGAUGAGGAUGCUAUUCCAGCGGGGUUGCCAAGACUCCAUACGCUUCGAGAAGGAAAAUCUCCCAGCCACACAGGAUUGGCAAAGAGAGCUGGACACUUACUUAGACCAACUUCUCCAAAGUCUCCAGUUGCAAGUGCAAGUGCUUUUGAAAGUGUUGAAGGAUCCGAUGAAGAUGCUGAUUUAAAUGAAAGCAUCAAUCUAGAUCCUACAUACCUUCACACAAAUGGAAACACUGGGGCAGAAUGUGAGGGUGUUAAUGCAAAUGGUGAACAAUUGCCAAUUCCUGCAUCUUCUAUGAUACGAUCACACAGUGUAUCUGGUGACCUACAUGGUGUACAACCUGAUCCUGUAGCUGCUGAUAUUCUUAGAAAAGAACCAGAGCAUGAAACUUUUGUCAGACUUAAAAUCAGCCCACAUGAGACACCAUCACCUGAUGAAGCAGAAGUCUACAGGGCUUUACAAGUUUGCCUUGAAAUGAGAAACAGUUAUGUUUUCAGGGAAAGCAUUGCUCCAUGGGAGAAAGAGGUCAUAUCUGAUCCAAGCACUCCUAAACGCAAUCCAAAUCCUUUUGAUUAUGUCCCUGAGGCUAAAUCUGAUCAUUACUUUGAAAUGGAAGAUGGAGUCAUUCAUGUUUAUGCAAAGAAAAAUUCAAAUGAGAAGCUUUUUCCUGUUGUUGAUGCAACAACCUUUUUCACUGAUUUGCAUCACAUCCUUAAAGUGAUUGCUGCUGGGAAUACACGAACAGUAUGUCAUCACAGGCUUGGUCUCCUUGAACAGAAAUUCAACCUUCAUUUGAUGCUAAAUGCUGACAAAGAAUUCUUAGCUCAAAAAAGUGCACCACAUCGUGACUUUUAUAAUGUUAGAAAAGUCGAUACUCAUGUUCAUCAUUCUGCAUGCAUGAAUCAAAAACAUCUCUUGAGAUUCAUCAAGUCCAAGUUGAGAAAAGAACCUGAUGAGGUUGUAAUAUUUCGGGAUGGAACUUAUCUGACAUUAAGAGAGGUUUUUGAGAGCUUGGAUUUAACUGGAUAUGACCUCAAUGUUGACCUGUUAGACGUACAUGCAGACAAAAGCACAUUUCAUCGUUUUGACAAAUUCAAUCUCAAAUACAAUCCCUGUGGUCAAAGUAGACUUAGGGAGAUUUUCUUGAAACAAGAUAAUCUAAUCCAGGGCCGCUUUCUUGCUGAAUUAACCAAACAAGUAUUUGCUGAUCUUGAUGCAAGUAAAUAUCAAAUGGCAGAAUACAGAAUAUCCAUAUAUGGUAGAAAGCAAAGUGAGUGGGAUAAUUUAGCAAGUUGGAUUGUAAACAAUGAACUCUAUAGUGAUAAUGUUGUCUGGCUGAUUCAGUUGCCUCGGCUUUAUAACAUAUACAAAGAAAUGGGAAUUGUGACAUCAUUUCAGACAAUUCUUGACAAUAUAUUCCUUCCUCUAUUUGAGGUUACAGUCGAUCCAGGAUCACAUCCUCAAUUGCAUGUUUUCUUGAAACAAGUUGUGGGAUUGGAUUUGGUGGAUGAUGAAAGCAAGCCAGAAAGACGCCCUACAAAGCACAUGCCAACACCUGAGCAAUGGACCAAUAUCUUUAACCCUGCCUUCUCAUACUAUGUUUACUAUUGUUAUGCAAAUCUCUAUACCCUAAACAAGCUUCGUGAAUCAAAAGGCAUGACUACCAUCCGAUUCCGCCCUCAUUGUGGGGAGGCUGGUGACAUUGAUCAUCUUGCUGCUGCAUUUCUUACAACUCAUAACAUUGCACAUGGGAUCAAUCUCAGAAAGUCUCCUGUACUUCAAUACCUCUACUACCUUGCUCAGAUUGGUCUUGCCAUGUCACCAUUGAGCAACAACUCAUUAUUUCUGGAUUAUCACCGAAACCCUUUUCCAAUGUUUUUCCUACGUGGCCUUAAUGUCUCUCUAUCUACUGAUGACCCUUUACAAAUCCAUCUCACAAAGGAGCCCUUAGUUGAGGAGUACAGUAUUGCUGCUUCUGUAUGGAAAUUAAGCGCGUGUGAUCUUUGUGAGAUUGCGCGUAAUUCAGUAUACCAGUCUGGUUUUUCCCAUGUUCUCAAGUCGCAUUGGAUUGGGCCGGAGUAUUACAAGAGAGGACCAGAUGGGAAUGAUAUUCACAAGACAAAUGUGCCACAUAUUCGACUUGAAUUUCGUGACAUGAUUUGGAGAGAGGAGAUGCAACAGGUAUAUCUAGGGAAGGUGCGUUUGCCUGAAUACAUUGAGACUUAGCUUCCUUCUUCAAUCACACGCCCUAAAGCUUAAGAGCUAAUGUGAGGGGUCAACUCAGGAGUUCAGUGAAAGCUUUAGGUCAACACUAAGUGUAAACUGUAAAUUAUAACGUAAUGUGAGGUUGUUAAGUACCACUCCAAAUAUAAUUAUAUAAAAGCAAGAUAAAAUAAUAAUCUUAAAGAUGAUUUUGCGUUAA